AUGGAGCCUUUCCGGCUAUGGUACAGUAAGCUAGGCGAAAUCAGAUCCCUCAUAGAAUGCCCUGUCCUGUUGAUAACUGCAACAGCUAACAGAUCAGCAAGAAAGGAAAUGCAGAAAAUGUUUUGUAUGGUGGACUGUCAUGAAAUUGUACAAAAUCCAGAUAGAGAAAAUAUCUAACUGUUUGUUCAUAAAUUUAAGAGUACUGUACCACUUUGUGAUAUUUUCUAUUUAAGAGAAAAUUGUGAACGUUUUUUGAUAUUCUGUCCAUCAAUUAAGACAUGCAGUGACUUAUUUUCUACUCUGAGGAUGGAAUUGGGACAUCUUAUCAUGUAUGUUGACAUGUUUCACUCACAAACAUCAGAAGCUGUUAAAGAUAAGAUCAAAGAAGACAUGAGUAUUGAAAGUGGAAAUAUAAGAGUUUUAGUUGCUACAAGUGCAGCAGGAAUGUGGGUCAAUUUUAUAUCUGUAAAACAUGUUAUCAACUUUGGACCUCCCAAAGAUAUGGAUGGAAUUGUCCAGCAGUUUGGUAGAGCAGGUCGUGAUGGAUAAGUUGCCAUGUCCUUGUUACUUUUUAAUUGCAAACAGUGUAGAAAAUUGGAUGAUGAUAUGAAAAUCUAUGUUCAAAAUAAAGAGACAUGUCGUAGAGAUAUCAUACUUUCUGCCUACAAAUCUGAAUCCAAUCCUAAUAGAGUGAAACAUGUGUGCUGUGACAUUUGUGAUGUCAAAUGUAGUUGUAAUGACAAUGACUGUUCAAAUUUUGUGCAUCCAUUUAUUAAAUACAAGUUAUCAGUGUUUUUAUCAGAUUCUGACACUGACCAUUCUGAUGACAUGUUUCUGAAGAAGCUGAAAAUUCUGAUUAAAUAA